AUCAAAAGAGUCACAGACAGUCACACCGAACCAUACAUUUUCAAUCAAUCAGUACGUACGCUGAAUUGAUAAGAGGCCCCCGUUCGCUACUGCCUUUGUUUUGUUUUGUUUUGAUUUUUCCUCUUCCAUCUGUCCACAUACUUCAUGCGCAUCUUGUGUAGAUUUGUUCCAGCCAGCAAACAAACACUUACCCCACUUAUAGGGCUCAGAAGCUUUACAACAACAAAUCGAACAACCAGUCGCUACAGAGUAGCAAGAUCAAAGCACGUCCAGCCCGGCAUGGCUUCGGCUACUACGCUAAAGGGCCAGCCCCUUGAUCGCCCAGUUCUCGAUUCGCUGCUCCGUCGGCGCAUGUUCUACACCCCCUCCUUCGAUCUAUACGGCGGUGUUGCUGGCCUCUACGAUUAUGGCCCACCAGGCUGCGCGCUGCUUACCAACAUGAUCGAGUUAUGGCGCAAGCACUUCGUGCUAGAGGAGGAUAUGAUGGAGCUGGAUUGCACGGCACUUACUCCCCACGAGGUUCUCAAGACAUCCGGCCACGUUGACAAGUUCUCCGACUGGAUGUGCAAGGAUCCAAAGAACGGCGAGAUUAUCCGCGCCGACCACUUCGUCGAGGAGAUCCUGAACCAGAGAUUAAAGGGCAAUCUAGAGGCGAGAGGCCAGCAGGUCGAGGAGAAGGAGGUUGAUCCUGCAAAGAAGAAGCGCAAGGUCAAGGAGACCAAGGCUAUCAAACUUGAUGAUGCCGUUGUUCAGGAGUACGAGGAGAUCUUGGCAAAGAUUGACAACUACAAUGGCGAAGAACUUGGGGAGCUCAUUGCGAGAUACGAGAUGAAGAACCCCAAUACUGGCGUUAUGCCCGAGCCACCAGUGGCAUUCAACCUCAUGUUCCAGACCAGCAUCGGCCCCAGCUCCAACGCCCCUGGCUUCCUCCGCCCAGAAACUGCGCAGGGCCAGUUCCUCAACUUCGCCAAGCUCCUCGAGUUCAACCAGCAGCAAAUGCCUUUUGCUUCCGCGUCCAUCGGCAAAUCGUUUAGAAACGAGAUCUCCCCACGUGCUGGUCUGCUCCGUGUGCGCGAGUUCCUGAUGGCUGAAAUCGAGCAUUAUGUCGAUCCUCUCGGCGGCAAGAAGCAUUCUCGUUUCGCCGAAGUCAAGGAUGUCGAGCUUGUCCUUCUCAACAGGACUACCCAGUUGUCUGGCAAGACUAAUGUCGAGACUGUGACUAUUGGCAAGGCCGUUUCUGAUGGCAUCGUCGAUAACGAGACUCUCGGUUACUUCUUGGCCCGUGUCCAGCUUUUCUUGAAGAAGCUUGGCGUUGACCAAACGAAAAUCAGGUUCCGCCAGCACAUGGCGAACGAGAUGGCGCAUUAUGCGACCGACUGCUGGGAUGCCGAGCUGCUCACGAGCUACGGCUGGGUGGAGUGUGUAGGCUGCGCUGAUAGAAGCGCAUACGAUCUUACUGUCCACUCCAAGAAAACUGGUAUUCCUCUGGUCGUGCGCGAAACUCGUGCCGAGCCCCUCGUUAUCGAGGAGUUCGCUGCCGAGGUUGACAAGAAAAAGUUUGGUCCCUUCUUCAAGAAGGACGGCAAGGCCGUCGAGGCCGCCAUUGCCGCCACUACGCAAGAACAGCGUGAGUCGCUGGCCAAGGAUCUUGCCCAGAAUGGCAAGAUCGCCAUCGAAGUACCAGGCGUCGGCAACGGCACCGUCGAGAUCUCAAAGGAUCUCUUGGUCAUCGAGAAGCGCACCCGCACCGAGCACACAAGAGAGUACACGCCCAAUGUCAUCGAGCCUUCCUUCGGUAUUGGACGCAUCCUUUACUCCCUCCUCGAGCACAACUACUGGACCCGCGCCACCGAGGGCAAUGACGAGUCCCGCGGUGUUCUCUCGUUCCCACCCCCCAUCGCGCCCACCAAGGUCCUCCUCGUGCCCCUUUCCGGCCACGAGUCCUUCAAGCCGAUCAUAAAGCACCUUUCGCACAAGCUGCGCGCCAUGGGCAUCUCCAACCGCAUCGACGACUCAUCGGCGUCCAUCGGGCGGCGCUACAGCCGCAACGAUGAGCUCGGCACCCCGCUGGGCAUCACGGUCGAUUUCCAGAGCGUGCAGGAUAAGACGUUGACACUAAGAGAUCGUGACUCGACGAAGCAGGUUAGGGCAGACGAGGCGACGAUUAUCAAGGCGAUUCAGGAGGUGGUCAAUGGCGAGAAGGAAUGGAAGGAUAUAGAGAAGGAGCUGCCUGCCUUUGAGGGUCAGGAUGCCGAGGUGGCCAUUCCUAUCCGGUAGGGGGGGAUAUUAGGUGUUGGCUUUGUAACGUUGUGCAUAACUGCAUGGGGUAGAUAGUGUAGAAUGGAAAGU